UCUGAGUCAGUUGACUUUUAGGUUGUUACAUUGUGAGAAACGGUCGCUGCGCAUAGUUCACUCACUCGCUAAAAUUUCCUGAACAUUUGUCAGUUACCAGAGACUAAGAUGCCUAGAAGUAGAUCACUAAAAGAGAGACAUUCAGAGGAGCUACUGAAGUUGAAGGCAAGCACGCGUCUUGUUGUCAUGGGUGCAGCCGGAGUCGGAAAAUCAUCUCUCAUCUCUCAGUUUCUGUAUGAUAAAUUCAACGAGCGUUACAGAGAAACUGUCGAAGAUCUGUAUCACGAAGAGUUUGAAGUAAAUGGAGGGACAGUUCAUCUUGAAGUUCUUGAUACGUCUGGAUCAUUUUCUUUUCCGGCAAUGCGUAAACUUUCCAUUGCAUCUGGGAAUGUUUUCAUACUGGUGUACGGGAUUAACAACAAAAAUUCUUUUGAUGAGGUGGUCAGACUACGAAACCAGAUACUAGAACAGAAGAAAGAUCAAAAUCCAGCAAUCGUUAUCGUGGGAAACAAAGCGGACCUCGAAAAUGACCGUCAGAUUGAGAAGGAUGAUGUUGAACUGUUAUCGUAUCAAUGGAACAUUGAGCAUUUUGAAACAUCGGCAAAGAACAAGACUAAUAUUGACCGUGCGUUUAAAGAAGUGCUAAAGAGAGCCAAAUUACCGACACACCUGAUGACGUCCAUACUAACCAGACAACAGAGCCUUCCCUGUGAUAUUCUCAAAUCCAAGGGAAAAAGCAGUCCAAUGAAAGAAGCCUGCAUCAUAUCCUAA